UAGAAACUAUAUACAAAAACAUAAACGCAUGUGUAAAAUAAUAAACUAAUAUUUAAAUAUGAGUUUUAACGGAUAUCACAAUAUAAUCAAAGAGGGAGAUACAGUAAUAUUGUAUCUCACAAUUAACCAGGUAUAUCCAAUAAAAGCCCAGUCUAAGAUUAUAAACAAGAAAGGUGUAGAAGUAGAGAAUGUGUUCCAAACAUCUUAUGGAGCCCUAAAAUGUGCAGACCUCAUCGGUAAAAAUUACGGAACUAGAAUAUCCCUUAGUAAAGGUUGGGGAUAUGCUCUGCAACCUACUCCUGAAUUAUGGACAAUAACUUUACCACACAGGACACAAAUUAUUUAUACACCUGAUAUAAGUAUGAUUAUUUUACAAUUAGAGUUAUCUCCUGGUAGUGUAGUUAUUGAAAGCGGUACGGGAAGUGGAUCCCUUUCGCAUGCUCUAAUAAGGGCAGUGAAACCUCAUGGACAUCUAUACACUUUUGAUUUUCACGAAGAUAGGUCAAAAACAGCUGCAGACGAAUUUUCAGAGCAUGGUUUCUCGGAGUAUGUUACAGUUAAACACCGAGACGUUUGUGAAAAUGGCUUUGGGGAAGACUUGGAUGGUAAAGCUGAUGCUGUGUUUUUAGAUUUACCUCAUCCAUGGUUUGCCAUAACACAUGCACUUAAAUCCAUCAAAACAACUGGAGGAAGGAUUUGUUCUUUCUCACCAUGUAUAGAGCAAGUUCAAAAGAGUUGCCUUAUAUUAUUGAAGCUGGGCUUUCAAGAAAUUCAAACGUUGGAAGUGCUACAAACACAGUUGUCUGUACAACAAAGAACUAUUCCAAUAGUUAGUUUGGAUUUUUUGAAAACUGAAGGGGAUGAAAAUGAACGAGAGAAAAAGCAGAAGGAAUAUUUGAAAACUGUAGUCUCUGUACCUCCGGCAACACUUCCUGGCCAUACAGGAUACCUUACAUUUGCCACACUGCCUCCAGUUUGGGCUAGAGGUUUACAAGUGAGUUUGAAUGAAGACAAUAUACUACAAGAAGACUGUGAUUGAUACUGUUUUAUUAGAUUUUAAAUAGAGUCUAAAC